GGGUUGAUGAAGAGUAAACUAAAGGGCGCGGAGACUGGCCACAGUUUGCUAAAGAGGAAAAGUGAAGCUUUAACAAAGCGUUUCCGCGAGAUAACCCGACGAAUCGAUGAAGCCAAACAAAAGAUGGGGCGGGUCAUGCAGGUUGCUGCAUUUUCCCUGGCGGAAGUGAGCUACGCUGUUGGUGGUGAUAUCGGCUACCAGGUCCAAGAGUCCGCCAAACAGGCCCGAUUUCGAGUCCGGGCGAAGCAGGAUAACGUUUCUGGUGUUCUGUUGCCUCAUUUUGAAAGCUACACGGAAGACUCCAUCAACGACUUUGGCUUAACUGGUCUUGGAAAAGGUGGACAACAGGUACAACGCUGUCGCGAGACUUAUGCCCGCGCGGUCGAGACCUUGGUCGAACUUGCGAGUCUACAGACUGCGUUCGUCAUCCUUGACGAAGUGAUCAAGGUUGUCAACCGAAGAGUAAAUGCUAUUGAACACGUUAUCAUUCCACGAACAGAAAACACCAUCAAAUACAUCAAUUCCGAACUCGACGAGCUCGACAGAGAAGAAUUCUACCGACUCAAGAAGGUGUCGGGCAAGAAGCAGAGGGAUGUUGCAGCAGCUGAUGCUGAAAUUCAAGCCGCGCGCGAGAAGGAGGCCCAGAAACAGAAACAAUUGGGCGAUGCCACUGAAGAGCCAGAGGCGCCUGACGUUCUAGGGGAACAAGAAGACACAGAUGUUAUUUUCUAGCAUGUUUAUUCCCAUUUACUUGUAUGUAGUGUAUUUCCUUUUGGCAUUCAAAUGUUUCUUGCCGUUUGCUGUUACUUUAGUUUCUUCGGCCUAAAGGAAAGGCCAUACCAUACAUGCAUGCAUGUUGUAGCAUUUCGCAUACUCCAUAGUUGCGAUUAGGUAGCUCAAACCCAUAAAUCCAGCCCCCAACGCCCAUAAAAAAAAAGAAAUAAGACAACGAUAAGCAGCUCAUUGUCUCUGGAAUGUAACCCGAAUUGGCUUCCCCUCCGGGCCCAUCGGCAUCCCCGAUGUAGCUUCUUUCGCACUGAUAGCGCCAGAUUCGCUCUCGUACUCCACAAAUGCAAUUCCCUUUCUCCCCGGUACCAGUCUGACUUCCUGGAACCCUUCGAACCUUCCAAAAACACUCGUGAGAGUCU